CUUUGCGUCGCUCUGCCAGGAGCAGUCACCUCCUCCUUGGCAAAUAGUCCUCGGUGGGGUCCGAGUUCUUGGAUAAUAGGAGAGGGGAGGCACGAGAAGUUGCGGUCAGGGGACGCGGGAUCGACAAGUAGAGGGAGAUAGGGACCGAAGUUUCUGCGAUCGUGUGCAAAGUUAGUUAAAAACUCCUUCCGACCUACGGAUCCCUCCGCCUGCAGUAGCGGUGGUGAGGCCGAGGGAGCCGCCAUUUUGGAUGUUAGGUUCCUGCUGCCCCUGCUGCCACUGCUGCCGCCGCCCCCGGAGCUGCAGGUUUCGUUCGAGGUUUCGGGCCGAGGAUGCCAGCCCCCAUCAGAUUGCGGGAGCUGAUCCGGACCAUCCGGACAGCCCGAACCCAAGCCGAAGAACGAGAAAUGAUCCAGAAAGAAUGUGCUGCAAUUCGGUCAUCUUUUAGAGAAGAAGACAAUACAUACCGGUGUCGGAAUGUGGCAAAAUUACUAUAUAUGCACAUGCUGGGCUACCCUGCUCACUUUGGACAGUUGGAGUGCCUCAAGCUUAUCGCCUCUCAAAAAUUCACAGACAAACGCAUUGGCUAUUUAGGGGCAAUGCUGCUGUUAGAUGAAAGACAAGAUGUCCAUCUUCUCAUGACCAACUGUAUCAAGAAUGAUCUUAAUCAUAGCACGCAAUAUGUACAGGGGCUAGCACUUUGUACCCUCGGCUGCAUGGGCUCCUCAGAGAUGUGCAGAGAUCUUGCAGGAGAGGUAGAGAAACUCCUGAAAACCUCCAACUCUUACUUAAGAAAAAAGGCAGCACUUUGUGCUGUUCAUGUCAUCAGGAAGGUUCCUGAACUUAUGGAGAUGUUCUUACCAGCAACAAAAAAUUUAUUGAAUGAAAAGAACCAUGGUGUCCUUCACACUUCUGUAGUCCUCCUCACAGAAAUGUGUGAGCGAAGCCCAGACAUGCUUGCACAUUUCAGAAAGCUUGUGCCCCAGUUAGUUCGUAUUCUAAAGAACCUCAUCAUGUCCGGAUAUUCACCAGAACAUGAUGUUUCUGGGAUCAGUGACCCCUUUUUGCAGGUACGAAUUUUGCGGUUAUUAAGAAUUUUAGGACGAAAUGAUGAUGACUCAAGUGAAGCUAUGAAUGAUAUAUUAGCACAGGUUGCCACUAAUACGGAGACUAGUAAAAAUGUAGGAAAUGCUAUUCUUUAUGAAACGGUUUUGACUAUCAUGGAUAUUAAGUCAGAGAGUGGACUGCGAGUCCUAGCCAUAAAUAUCCUGGGUCGUUUCUUAUUGAACAACGACAAGAAUAUUAGAUAUGUAGCUUUAACAUCUUUGUUGAAGACUGUGCAGACAGAUCAUAACGCAGUACAGAGGCACAGAAGUACCAUUGUGGACUGUCUAAAAGAUUUGGAUGUCUCAAUAAAACGGCGUGCAAUGGAAUUGAGUUUUGCCCUGGUAAAUGGGAAUAAUAUUCGAGGCAUGAUGAAGGAAUUGCUUUAUUUUCUGGAUUCAUGUGAGCCAGAAUUUAAAGCAGACUGUGCAUCUGGAAUCUUCCUUGCUGCAGAAAAGUAUGCACCUUCCAAACGGUGGCAUAUAGACACAAUUAUGCGCGUUCUGACAACGGCAGGAAGCUAUGUUCGUGAUGAUGCAGUUCCCAACUUGAUCCAGUUAAUAACCAAUAGUGUGGAGAUGCAUGCCUAUACUGUCCAGCGCUUGUACAAAGCAAUUCUUGGUGAUUAUUCUCAGCAACCUUUGGUGCAAGUAGCUGCCUGGUGUAUAGGUGAAUAUGGAGAUCUUCUUGUGUCUGGCCAAUGUGAAGAGGAAGAGCCUAUUCAGGUAACAGAGGAUGAAGUGUUGGAUAUUUUAGAAAGUGUCCUAAUCUCUAAUAUGUCCACCUCAGUGACACGAGGUUAUGCCCUCACUGCCAUUAUGAAGCUUUCUACUCGAUUCACCUGUACUGUAAACCGAAUUAAGAAAGUGGUUUCCAUCUAUGGAAGCAGCAUUGAUGUGGAGCUCCAGCAGAGGGCAGUAGAAUAUAAUGCACUUUUUAAGAAAUAUGACCAUAUGAGGUCUGCUCUGCUUGAGAGAAUGCCUGUCAUGGAAAAAGUAACCACAAAUGGCCCUACUGAGAUUGUGCAGACAAAUGGAGAGACAGAACCAGCUCCUCUAGAGACCAAGCCACCACCCUCUGGGCCACAGCCCACCAGCCAGGCCAAUGAUUUAUUGGAUUUGUUGGGAGGAAAUGACAUAACACCUGUCAUUCCAACUGCACCUACAAGCAAACCAGCUUCUGCUGGUGGAGAACUUCUUGAUUUGCUGGGAGACAUCAACCUUACAGGUGCUCCAGCUGCUGCUCCCGCCCCUGCCUCAGUCCCACAGAUAUCCCAGCCCCCCUUCUUGUUGGAUGGGCUUUCAUCACAGCCUCUCUUCAAUGACAUUGCUACAGGCAUCCCCUCCAUCACAGCAUACAGUAAGAAUGGCUUGAAGAUAGAAUUCACCUUUGAACGGUCAAACACCAACCCCAGUGUCACAGUGAUAACGAUACAGGCCUCCAACAGCACAGAGCUGGACAUGACGGACUUUGUUUUCCAGGCUGCAGUACCAAAGACAUUCCAGCUGCAGCUUCUGUCUCCUAGCAGCAGCAUCGUCCCAGCAUUUAAUACGGGGACCAUCACACAAGUCAUUAAAGUUCUGAACCCACAGAAGCAACAGCUGCGAAUGCGGAUCAAGCUCACAUAUAAUCACAAGGGCUCAGCAAUGCAAGAUCUAGCAGAGGUGAACAACUUUCCCCCUCAGUCCUGGCAAUGAGGGUCCAGCACCAUUCUCAUUCUUAUCCCACUCAAUCAAAGGAACUCUGGGAAGGAGAUUAUGAUCGCUGCAAGUCCCCCCCAACUGUACCAUGGGCAUGAGGAGCUGAAGAGAACUGUUGAGGAGGAUUUUCCUAAAGUUAUUGCUGACCUUGAAGCAUUGUUAAAGACUAAUCUCCUCUCCUCCACUGUUGAGGCCGGCUGCUUCUGGAGGCUACUUUGCACUCUUCCUCCUCCUCUCCUUUUUCUGCACUUCUCCACCCCUCCUACAUUUACAGCCAGAAUCAACAUUCCCUGAGCCCCUGAGGAAAUAAGCAGCUGGUCUGGAGGAGAGGACUGGAAUUCAUGGCAAGAAGACACUCACUCUGUCUCUGCAGCAAAGAGUUGCCCCUUCUUUUUACUGUGUUUCUCUGUGGACUGGGCGAGGUGGGGUAUUUACUCCUCACUAGCUGGGUUACCAUCUUCAGGCGCUUUUUACAUCUGGCAUUGAGAACGGAAAUGUAACGGUGGACAUGAGGGAGCCCUGCCUUUUUCUACUGGUUCCCCCAAUGUUUGAAAGAGGCAUUAGGCUCCUGGUAGCCUUUUCUGUGCAUUGCUGUAUACACACAGACACACACAUGUAUGUAUGUUUGUUACCAAGAACUGGUCAGACCUUGAAAGGUUAUUUGUAAACACUGGACAGAUGCAGUUAAAAAGAGCUUUUGUUUAGAUUUGGCAUGAAGGAUAUGGUGCUCUAUUUGUAAUAGAAACUUCAAAGGCUCUUCCAGCCCCCCCUUUCUCUGCAUUCUUUAGCUGUAGUCAUGAGUACUCUCCAUGAUUUUCAAAAUUGAUUCCCCUUAAAGUGCAAAGUGGACGAUUUACAAAAGGUAUAUUAAUAGUUAUUAAUGCCCCUAUUCCCACUACAAAUUUUAAAGUUUCUCCCAAACCCAUGACUUGCCUGAACUAUGGUAAAUGGGUGGAAAGAGGAGUUUGCCACUUUUAAAGUACAGACUCCUUAACAAAAGCACCUUUGCCCACAGGAAGAGUGAGUAUCUGAUUCACUCUAGAGCAUAUUGGAGUCAUCUUCUCCAUUACUCCAAAUCUCCCUUUUUAUUUCCUGAGCCUGGCUUGGACCUUGGCAUUCCGUUUGAAUUCCUUCUUCUAACUGGAACAUUUGUGUUGUAUCUGUAACACUGGCACUGAAAUAAAGACCACGCAGUUAAAGAAAUCUUUCCUAUAUCGUACUUUAUGGUGUUGGAAUGAAGCCUUGUAGCUUCCUUGCCCCCUAUGUCAGAGGAAGUCUUAUAGACACCAUAGGGUAGGAAUAUCCUUUCCUGAGUGCGAGAAGUUGGUCUUUCAUCUUAUGAGUAUCUGCAUCAAAGACUUGAGAUCUGGAGCUUUUUAAACUAGUGAGAGUACCGAGUGCUUUUAGAAAGGACCCUCAUGUUAUCAAACCUUAACACUGAGUUGCUGGCAUGAGGUAAGGUGACUCUCCUGUGGCACGUGUUGAAUGUACUGUGUAUGUUCAGGUGCACAGGUGCCAUGUCUGAUGUACUAAAGAAAAGGAAAAGUCAGGCCCACCUUGCUCUUAAAACAUUUGCAAUCAUUACUGUAUUGAGUACAGUAUAAGGACCACUUUGGCUUUGGUCUUAAAACUGGAUACAGAUAUCCAUUUUUCCCCCUCCAUUUCACCAAGCCUUUACUUAAAAUCUUCAGUGUCUUGUCAAAUCUAGCUCUGUAUCAGAUGCUAGAUUAUUCCUAACAUUUGACAAACUGGAGUUGAACUAAAGGCUCCAAAGGGGGAACUUUCUGGUCUUAUUUUAGUAUUUAAGAGCAAGAUUUGCUAAAACUUAUUCUACUGGGUAAAUGGUUGACUGAGUCAAGAACAGGAUAUUACCUUGUGCGUAGUUUUCAGUAAAGUAAUUGUGGUCUAGUGUGUGUUUCAAACAACUGCUCUGCCUGUGUGAUGAAAAAUAGUCUUUAAAGGUUUCUUUGCAGACUGAUUUCAUUGGAUGGAUACUUAAUGCUGUGAAACGUGAUAGGAUUAACAUAAUAUUGGUGGAUUUCUUGAAUAGAAUUUGUCUAACAUUCCUCUUGUGGUUGAGGCUUUAUUUUCUCUCUCACGUUUAUAGUUAACCAGCUCAAGUUUCUUUAGUUGAACUGAUUUGAAUCUCAGAAAUUUGCUGAAGAUCAUGCUAUGAGACAGUGCUAGCUAAUGGGGCUGGAAAGGGUCUACUCUCAGAACAAAGUGUCUCCUUGCAUGAAUGUAGUUUUGAGGUAGAGUUAUGUGAUCAUCCAUAGCUUUGUCUAGACAGAGUAAAAAUCAUGGCCUUAACACAAAGGGUGCUGUGUAGAAUAUGAAAUGAUUCCAGAGAGUGAACCUGAGCACCGUAUUGAAGGACUAGCGGCCAGGUAACUAACUGCCUAGGAUACUGAUGGUUGUGAAGACUGUUUCAAAUGAUUGGAUCUUUGAAAGCUUCAGUGUGCCUUAGUUUCUAGGAUCAGAAUUCGUUCUCCUCUCAUUUGGCCGUGCUGCUAAAGGAGAAAUCUCUUAAUUUCUAUGAAUACUUGCACAUUUCAGUUAUUUCUUUCCCUAGUAUAACCAUUCACGGGGGAGCAAAAUUGUUUAGAUUUACAACUUCAGAGCCAUUGUGAGGAAAGGGUGAUUUCCAUGGCUGUUUUCAUAACUCCAGGGUGAUAAGCAGUGAGCCUAAACACACUUACUUGGACAAUUUCACAUGCACUUUUACCUCAUUUUUUCCCCUCUUCCAGAGUAGUUUUUAUUCUGUACUCCCUCCCCACCCCCACAGUAAUCCUAAAGGAGAAUUCGUCUAAGUAAUCUCAGAAAACUGUAGGAAGGGUGCUCUACCCGAGAAGCUUCUCCCACUAUGCUCCGGUGCUGUUACCUCGAGGUAAUUUGGACAGCCAUGGAAUGUUUCAUGCUCUGUAUAGUGAUUAUCUGUUCAUUUUAAGGUCUUUCUAAUUUAAAGAAACAUUCCUCACUGUAACAUUUGGGAGGGGAUUCUUCCCUCUUGUAGAUUAAAGAUGUGCUUCAUACCCCUUGUUUGUCCCAUUUAUAUAAGAAAACUGUCUAGCACUAACGGUUUGAGUAUUUCCGUCUACUAUAUAACAUGCUUUCCAUUUUUAUGUUGUUCUGAGAGGUUGGAAAUUAGGGGAUACUGUUUUCAAGGUUCAACUUCAUUAUCUUCUGCAUUGGAAAAUAUUUGGGCUAUGAGAACUAGGGGAAGGAAAGUUUGAAUGCGUAUGUUUUUUUCUAGUGCAUGUGUAUUACCCACAUUGUCCUAAACAGAGAGUGAGCUAGAGAGCAAAAAGUGGAUACUCACGAGCUUUGUGGUUGGUGGAGAGGUGGUACACGUCUGUGCACUCAGGAGUUUGGGAAUGGGGAGGAUCACUGAAAAGAGACGUGCUCAGAAAGUCCUGAAGUUUAAAACGCUUUGACCAGCUCUGGCUCAGGAGGGUGGGCCUGCUUGUAGAACUGGAAGUGAAUAACUCUUUUUCAAGCAAUAGCGGUGAGUGGGUCCCAUCUACAGGGUUCCAGGACCUGGAACAUUCAAACAGAAGAAAAGGCUGAAGCAGCAUGCACAGUUGCUUCUUGAACUUCCACGAGGCUGAUUCUGACUUCAACAUGGAACAUUGGAGUUUUGUUUUUGUUUUUGUUUUUGGAACCUGCUGUUGCGCUUUGUGUGUUUUGUUUUUGUUUUCUCUUUGGGGGCUUCAUGGGAAAGAGCUUCUGAACUCUUUCCUUUGUGAACUCCCACUAUGUCCCUGUAUAGUCCCUUUUCUUUCAUAAUGUUGUAAGUUACAUUUUCAUUAAGCCCCAUCACAUCUUCUUUACUGUAAAAAUAUUAAAAGGCUGUUUCCAGGCGGGACGGCUAAUGAAGUUCUAAUUAUUGCAGACAUAUUUUUGAGAUGUAAAAAAAAUUUUAAAUGAUAAGUCUUAGAGGCGAGAGGAAUAAAAUGGAUGUAAACAUUUACAUGGGAUGCAUUAGAAUUCUGCUGUGUGUAUUGUCUUUUGGUUGAAACAAAUUAUGAACAGUGACUAAUAAAAAGUCAAUACUCAAUGAUUUAAAUUUUGCUUCCUCACUUCUUACAAGUGGAUUAGAGAAGCCUUUGAUGAGUUCUUAUUCCAGAGCUUUGAGCUAAACUUACUGACCUGUUAAUGUUCCUUUUACACAGAAAUCUCACCAAAAGAGGAACUUGAACAAAUUUUUAAAAACUUGAAGUUACAGACAGUGAAAAGUGCAAUUGGAAAUUUUAACUAGUGAUUGUUUCCAUGCUGGUAUUCUCCACAUGGGUGAAUUCUCAAACAAGGCAAAUAAAUCAUGUCAAGAUGAA